CAGUUCCCAGCAUCUAAACCAGCCCUUUUAUCCCCUUAAAAAACUCUACCCCUCUUUCGCCUCUAUUUCAGUAUUUUGCCCAUCUCUUUCUCCUGGAUCUCAGCUCUAGCCUUCGAACUCUCGUACCGCCAUCUCAGACACAGCUCCCCUCCCUUUUAUAAAGACAUAUAAACAAUUCCUACCCGCCAAAAACCCCUUUUGAAAGCUCCCCCUCUCUCGUACCGCCAUCUCUAGGGUUUCCGCCCCCCGUCUAUGGGGGACGAAGCGAGGGAGGGCUUCGCUUCAGCUGCACAGGCAGACGCGGCACCGCAACCUCCGCCAGCGAAGAGGCGAAGGGGAAAGGACGAGGAGCUGCGGAGAGUUGCACAGAUCGUGAUGGUGUUGUCGGCGAUGGUUGAGAUGAGAGCAGGGAAAGAACCGACCGCGGCGGAGAGGGCUUUGGCGGCGGAGGCGAGAGAGAGACUAGUUCGGUUGUGUGAGGAGGUUCGGCCUAAGGACUUGUUUUCCAGUGAGGCUGUCAGGGUCAUAGUCGAGGAUCUGGGAUUGAAUCGGUCGAGGGGCCCGGCGCAAGCGUUACGGCCGCCGAAGAUGUCCAUCUGCGAGAGAGUGCAGCACACCAAGAAAAAGAUGGAAGAGUCACGGGACCACACAGCUUCAGGUCAUUCUUCUUUACCUUAUUCAGCAAGCUUAAGUGCAAGCUCCGAAAUCCAUGGUUCUCAAAAAUUAAUAGCCGGUAAAUCAAAUCCGACUGUAUUGACUGCUGGAAGUUUUUCCAAUAAUUCAGCCGUACAUAUACCAGCUUUGUGCUCCUCCAUUACCUCUAUGAAACAGACACUGACGAGUGAAUCACAUACUGCUCUUGCAAAAUCAUCCUUUGGAAAAGAUACAUCUUCAAUAUCAACAUCAAGCGUGGAAGCUGUAAAUCAAAGGCUAGAUGCGCGAAUCAAUGGGCCAACUUAUUUUACAAUCAUUCGACCUAACGCUGCUGCCAAUUACCUUAUGGAGAAAACACCUGCUUCAGGGAUAUCAACAUCUGCUGCUCUAGCCACACAAAGCCAAGCUAGUAUUUUACAGGGUAAUCAUGAAGUAAAAGCCAUACAGGCUUCACACCAGAUGAAGAGAACACGUGAUACAAAAGUUCCUGUGGUUCAGGCAACGCAAAUAAACAUGGGCAUGGGAAAUCAACCUUCACAAAACUUAAAAUUUGUGCCUGUUCCUUCUUUUAUUAGCAAUCACAAUGAAAUUGCUAAAACUGUUAUGGGUGUUGUGCGAACAAAGGUUCCUGAUUGUCCAAACUUACCUCUUCCAUCAACUGAAUACAUGACCAAGCCUCUUAAUUGUCAAGUAUGCAAGACAAUUAUUACUGAUGUGGAAAGUUUACUUGUUUGUGAUGGUUGUGAGUAUGGAUUUCAUUUGAAGUGCCUUCAAAUUCAUGGCAACAGGACCAUUCCAAAAGUUGAUUGGCACUGUCCAAAAUGCUUGUCAGAAAACAAUGGCAAACCAUUUCCACCAAAAUAUGGCCGUGUCACUAGGAGUUUUCCGUCAGUAUUGACCACUUCAAGUGGAGAUGGAACUAGUUUGGUAGAGAAGAAUGGGGAAACUCCAGAGGCCAAGCUUAACCAUCUCAAAUCAAUGAAAAAUGAGAACUUGAGCUCAUCCAGUGCUGUCCAGGCGUCAAGUUUGGAUGAGAAAAGACCUGGAGAAGGGAUGGAUUCAGGGACGUCAAUCAAUCAGUUGGAGGAAACAAGUGGCUUGGCAACUGUGACACCUGAAGCACAAAUUGGAAUUUCUAAUGAUCUAACUGCUGGAAAACUACCAGAAACUGAGACAGAAAAACAUGCUUCUGAUUCUCAAUCCAUGAAUUUUGAUAAGCUGCCUGAGGAAAUGUCGUUAACUGCAUCUGAGAUGCAGAGAUCUAUCUCUGAACCUAUACCAGAUACAAAAGAACGGCCAGAAUACCUCUGUUCUAACCACAAACUUGAAACUGUUGUUGAAAUUGCUUGUCAGUCUCAGUUAACUAGUAAUUUGCAGGCUAUUGAAGAGGCAAAUUCUGCAAUUAGUGCUAAAUCAACAGAUGAUCUGAUGCCAAAAACUAGCACAGCGAUAACUGAUGACUUGAAAGAUAUUUCUAAAUCUUCAGAAGGAUUUACAAAUCAAGUGCUAGAAGUCAGUCAAGAGGGCGAACACAGAUCUGAGAUGACGUGUGGCCAAAUUCUGGGAAAUGUGAGUGAUUCUGGCAACUCCUCAUUUGUAGAAGACUUGCAUAAAUUUGAGUGGGUUGGUGAUAUCCUUGAGAUUGUGGAUAAUAGAACUUAUUAUAAAUCUUGUUGCAUUAAUGGUUAUAUCAUCAAGCUUCAAGAUAAUGUUGUAGUUUCUAGCAACAAGCAGAACUUUUAUCCCGCCAAACUUUUGUCUUUGUGGGAAGACGAUAAAGUUUGGUCGAAACUAGCCAUUGUGAAUGAAUAUUGCUUGCCGAGCAAUCUUCCAGAGGGUGUUGGCCAACCAUUACCAACUCCUGUGAAAGAUGAGGUGUAUGCUUCAGAUAGAAGAAAAACAAUUUUGGCUACUUCGAUUCAUGGUUUGUGUGAUGUUCUACCUGAAGACAAAUUUAGGGAGGAAACUGACAGAAGAAUUCUUUUAGCAGAGAAGGAUGAUGUUCUACAUCCAGUUUUUAUGUGCAAAUGGAUAUUUGAUGAAUCAAAGGGCAUCUUCCGAACUUCUGAUCAAUUUUUAUGAUGCUGUGAUUAAGACACUUCUUUAGCACUUACCAGAGAUACCAAAUCUUGAAUGCAUUUUUUUAAAGCUAGCAGGUAUUGAGAUCUUCCACCAGUAUGUGUCAUUGGAGAAUGACAGUAAUGUGCCACUGUUGUAUCAUUUGGUAGUCGUUUCCUGAAAAUCUGAUUUUGUUACAUCUUUAGGCUCAUAGUAUCAGUGAUUCGUGCAAUAUAUCUUGAUUUAUUUGGAUUUUAGGUCAACUUUUAUUAGUCAUCUCUGCAUCAAUAUACUGUUUUACACCCCCAAUUAAGUCUCGGAGGAAAAGGGAAACGACUCAUAAUUUAAACCGAAGGAGAACCAAAUUUAGGUGAAGCAAUUAUUCAUCUGAAAGGAGUUUUUUCAUGCUUACUUCCAGUAUUUGAGGUGAUGGCAGCUUGUAAGUGAUCGUCGUCAAAUUAUUAGGGUUUCAGUAGGGCUUUUAUUUUUUAUUUUUCUGGCAGGGGUGAGAGUUUAACCCU